UUUUUUAUCCUCUUUACAAUUUCUCAGCCGAUAAUGCGGUUUCUCUUUUAUGGCUUCGCUUUGAAGUGAGGAGAACUCUUACUCUGUCGACGUUAGUCUCGCGCAUGCACAUACACGUACACCAACACACAUUUGGGGAAAAUAGCGGUCAAAGGAAACUGCUCUCGAUGAUGCAUGAAAGUUGAUACAUACACUUAGCAUACAACCACUUUCUUUUCAAGGGUGCUAUCUUGAUGGUAUUGAAAAAUAUUAGUUUAGAAUUAUGAGUGCCAUUAUGAAGGUUAAGUGGACUGGUAAUUGUCUCUAAGCAUUCCCCCAUCUCCUCUCUCACUCUUUUUCUCCCUCUACCUCCAUCUUUACUAUUGUUUGUUGACAUCUUGUCACUGUUUCUGUCUUGAAUGGAUUCUCAUUUUUUUUAUCGGCUCUCUCUCUCUCUCUCUCUCUCUACCUCCAUCUUUACCAUGUAUAACUAAUUAAAACAAAGAUUUGAUGUCUUGAAGGGCCGGUGUUUAAUAAGUUUAAUGCAACGACGAGAUAGAUUCUGUUGAUGGGGAAGGAAAGAGAGUUGCACGGCUGGCGGUGUUUGAGCUGCAUCAAGCACUCGAACAUAAUAUGUAUACGCAAAUUAAAGUAUACACCUUCAAAAUGGGCAAGUCCCGCACUUGCAAAAUUAAAUAUCGUACAAGCGUUUCUCGCCGCUGGGAAAAGGCGAACAUACUUUUUUCAGGUAUUCCUCUUGAGUGAAAAUUCAACAAGAGGAACCUAUCUGCGGAGCAUUGUAAUCUCAAUAUGCACACCUUACCUUACCAUAAGCUGCGGACUGCGGUUGGUCAUCAUCUUCAUAUUUUUGCCACCGGUGUUGGUUGCUGCAUGCGGAACUAGCUAUGAGAUUCCAAAGCGGCCGCCGGCCAGCUGGAUAUUUCUUCUUGGACUUAGCUACUUCCCAGAAAGGGCGGUUUAAAAUAUAACGGUUUAAUUUCCUUUUGUUCCAAAAGCAGUAAUUUUUCAGCAGCCUAUCAGGACCUAGACAAGUUUGAUUCAAGACCACCAGGAGGUGUGGAAGGAGUUGGAUGCAUUUCAUGAUGAGGAUGCCCAUCGGGCUCCACCACUCGGACAAUGGGUUCAGGACCAUUAGUUCAUUACUUUAUUAAAAUUCCAAACAACACGAGGCUUCUGAGUAGAGGCUACUACUACUGAUCACCAACUUGUAGGUUGUCCGUCUCAAUUAUUUAAAGAGAUUCACCAUACCUUUUGGGGGAAAACCCAGCGUUAGCAGAUUUUCCACCUUCAUCGAGUCACAGAAAGAUGGACUCCUACCCUCCAUUCCAGAAGAUGUACAGUACCUUAUUCCAGGAUCAACACAAGUUGAACCAUGAGCCCGUCGUCCAAGAGUUGGAGCUGCCACUAAUAGACCUCGAUCAACUGAAAACAGGAGGCCGAAGAAGAGAAGACUGCUUAAGAGCUAUUGGGAAGGCUUCAUCGGAGUGGGGCUUCUUUCAGGUUGUGAAUCACGGCAUAUCCAGCGACCUCUUGAAGAGGAUGAGGAGCGAGCAGGCCAAGGUUUUCGGCCUGCCAUUCGAGAAGAAGGCCAACGAGAAACUCAUCGACUUCUCUACCAACACGUAUCGUUGGGGUGCACCUUCUGCGACCAGCCUUCAACAAUUAUCCUGGUCGGAAGCUUUCCAUAUUCCACUUACGAAGUGUUCAGAAUCUAAAAUUCAACACAACACCCUGAGAAGAACGAUUGAUGAGUACGCGGCGGCCGUCUCAGACCUAGCACAGAAACUGGCUCAUCUGCUGGCAGAGAAUCUGGGAUUCAUGAGGACGAGCUAUUUUGCGCAAAAUUGUGGCUCGAGUUCAUGCUAUCUACGACUUAAUCGAUACCCGCCUUGCCCAAUUGCUUCGGAGAUUUGUGGGUUAAUUUCUCAUACUGACAGCGAUUUCCUCACCAUUUUGCACCAAGACCAAGUAGGGGGUCUGCAAUUGAAGAAGGAUGGCAAAUGGGUCACGGUCAAGCCCAACGACAAGGCACUUAUAGUCAACAUCGGUGACUUGUUUCAGGCAUGGAGCAACAAUGCUUAUAAAAGCGUGGAGCAUAGAGUGAUUGCUAACAAGGAAGUAGAAAGGUUCUCUGUGGCUUUCUUCCUUUGCCCUUCCUAUGAUACCAUUAUACGUAGCUGCAGAGAACCUGUUAUCUACAGGCAGUUUAGCUUUGGGGAGUUCAGGCAGCAAGUGCAAGAAGAUGUCAGGAACACCGGCCACAAAAUUGGACUUGCCAGAUUUCUUGCUUGAACUGACUCGCAUAAAUAUUGUUCUAAGAUAGCAAACUAAACUAAUUCAAUGCGUGCACGAUGAGGUUCCAAGUUGGCAGGUUGAAGAUGUGCAAAUAACAGAAGAAAUUGAUCGAUUAGCAGGAAAAAUAAGGCUUGGUUCGAGUUCAUGUUCAUGCUAAUUAGUCUCGUAGGGAUAGCGAACAUUAAUGGCCCAUAGCAACAACGACAUCGCAAUAACGUAGAUGUAUGCCACGAGUAUUCCAUUGGCAGCUACAAGAAUCAGGUGUCUGGCCUAAUCUGUUGAGAAAGAAGUCGUCUGUGCAAGCCCUUUCUCAUUGUGCAUGUAUUUGUUAGUUAGUUUCUUAUAUAAUAUAUACAUGUGUUUUCAGUUAGUGACGUAUAAAUUUGAC